AUGUGUUUUAGUUUGUGCCUUCACAUUAUCGCUCAUCCAGAGAGACGUCUUCUACCGGCACCGGCAGUAGAAGAAUGCGAUAAAAUUAAAGAAGCGCUGCAAGAAGCCGAAGGGCUAAAAAAUCAAUUUGGAGAGUUGGCGAAGGCGUACGCAAAAUCAAAUCGUCUUGAUCUGAUAAACCAGAUGAACGAAUUCAUGAAGAACGGGCUGGGAGAAAUGCCCCGAGAAGCGCUUGAAAACCGUGUUGUGAGGAGGGCAGUGAUGCAGACCACCGGGGCUGGUCCGGCGCCGUCUCGUAUACAACCGCAGUAUAAAAGUAGGGCGCAGUUAAGACUAGAGAAGAAGAAAAAACAUCUUACAGCUACAUAGACGAACACUUUGAAUGUCCCUUAAAUGAACCUCAAUUGAUUCAGUUGAUGUUUUUCUGUUUCUGAUAAGUCUUAUUCUUCUGUUCAUGAACCUCUUCAGGCUGAAAGAUUGCUGGAACUUUAUUUGGAUGGUUUCGAUAUUGUUUUAGUAGAAAAUCAAACAACGGAUGUUCUUGAUCUCAGUCUCAAAGCUCUUAUUUGACGACUUAGGCCUUAAAACGGCGUAGGGAUGUGAUUCCUCUGUAUCAUGCAAACCUCAAUCAGGGAUUGUGUACAUUGUGCAGGUUAAUUUCUCAUCUCUUUAAUAGGUGUUUAUUAUGUGCAAAGCUAAGAUGCUC